AUGCCAAGAAUGAGUUCGAAAGAAGAGGCCAAAUCCUCCUCUGGCACCUUACAUUCUUCAGUUGAAGAACGGAGAAGGAGUCCUCUUGACCACUUACCGCCUCCGGCUAAUUCCAACAAGCCGCUAACUCCCUUCAGUAUUGAAGAUAUCCUCAACAAACCGUCGGUGCGUAGAGGCUACACUUUGUGCGGAAGCAACCACCUCCUGUCUGCGGCAGACAAGCACACACCUUCGGGUAUCCCCUUGAAUAACCGCGCCGGCGUUCUGACCCAGACCUCCCCGCUCUGUGCCUUGGAGGAAUUAGCGAGUAAAACUUUUAAAGGUUUAGAAGUCAGUGUCUUGCAAGCGGCUGAAGGGAGAGAUGGUCUCUCUAUCUUUGGCCAAAGGUCGACUCCAAAGAAGCGCAGAAAGUCCCGGACCGCGUUCACCAAUCACCAGAUUUACGAGCUGGAGAAACGUUUCCUCUAUCAGAAAUAUCUUUCACCGGCUGACCGGGAUCAGAUCGCUCAGCAGCUCGGCCUGACCAAUGCUCAGGUCAUCACUUGGUUCCAGAAUCGCCGGGCCAAACUCAAAAGAGACCUGGAGGAGAUGAAAGCGGACGUGGAGUCAGCCAAGAAUCUCGGUCCCAGCGAGCUGGACAAAAUUACCAAACUGGGCGAAAUGGAGCAAAGUGCGGCGGAGAUCGGCAGUCAGUCCAGAUCGCAGUCCCCUAUCGAACGGAAAAGUGCCCCCGCCAAAACACCAGAUGCCCACAUCACCCCUUCCUCACUCGCAGUGGGACACCCACCCAGAAAGGACUAUUCGGAGGAAGAGGAAGAGGAGAUUGAUGUCGAUGACUGAUUUCCCCCCUUGGUUUUUAUUUAGCAUCUCUCUCUCUCUCUCACACACACACACACUCUUCUCCCCAUUUGUUCCUUUUCUAAAAAAAACGCACAAAAUUUAUUAUAAAAAAAGACUUUCUCCAUCAUUCAAAUCAAAGCAUGUUCGGGGAUUGAACCAGUAAAUGCCCUCUCUCAUUCUCUACUUAGAUACGGGCUCGAUGCGAGGUAGAAUAAUCCCAGAAUUGUUUUUUUUAACAAAAGCAAUAAUUAACCCUCCACGCUAAGAGACGGAUACAGAAAUUCACCAAUUGGGCUCCCCACCUCAGCUAGUCCAGAAUUUGUAGAAAUGAUAAAUUCAGCUCAAUUCGUUCUGGAGUGAGAAUGGACUGGGUGUUUUUUUUUGCUGGUUUUUGAAAAUGUGGUCCUUGAGUUCCCCCCCCCCCCCCCCC